CAAACUAUCAACAAAAGAGUUUCCCAUACUCUUCAUCCUUCUUGGCUGCCAUGAGCAUCAGCUUCCUACACAGUCUUGGCCUCGUGGAGUUCCUAUUGAUGGGGAGAUUACAUGUCUACUUUGACUGUCUUUAUUAUCACCAUCACUUUUGGUGUAUAGACACUCAGCAAAUGCCUCUCCCCAGCCCUUCCCUUUCUGGGUAGGAGCCAUGCCUGCAGUGAAACUUGUUCUCUUGCAAUCUGAGCUGCCCGUUUUGCAGUCAGAGCCACAUGUUUGAAGCUUCUCUUGAGCAACAGAGAAACGUGCCCCAUGGUGAAUCAGAGAAGUUUCUUCACUCGAGGUCAAAGGUGACACAUGCCUUAUAAACACCUCCCUGGCUCAGGGCUCCUCACCAGUACUGCUGCCUCCACACUUCUGUGCAUUGAGGGUGAAUGUGAAGUUAGGGAGAUGACGAAGCUGGAAGACCACCUGGAGGGAAUCAUCAACAUCUUCCACCAAUACUCCAUUCGGGUGGGGCAUUAUGACACCCUCAGCAAGCGUGAGCUGAUGCAGCUGAUCACAAAGGAACUUCCAAAUGCCCUCAAGAACACCAAAGACCAACCUUCCAUUGACAAAGUAUUCCAAGAGCUGGAUGCUGAUAAAGACGGACAGGUCACCUUUGAGGAAUUCAUAGUCUUGGUGUCCAGGGUGCUGAAGACUGCCCAUGAGGCUAUCCACCAAGAGUAGACGCUCUGAUGGGCUCUUCCAGCAAUGUCCCCAAGAAGACUUUCCCUUCUCCUCACCGAAGUCUGCCUUGCCUGAAGGAAGCGAGAGUUAAUAAAAGUACCCUUGAACCGUU